UAGAAUUACUCUUCCAAAGCUUUCAGGAUAAAAACCGAGUAAUUGAAUCAAAAUAAAUUUCCAACACUCUACCGUAUUUAUUGCCUGGCUUAGAUGGCCUCACGCGAAGGAAAUAACAAAUGCCUAUUUUAUUUCACCCAUCCAAAUCACCUCCCAUAUUCAAAAGCACGCAAGCCUGAAACAUUAGCCAAUGCAGGCUCAAGCCACAGAAAUGACUAUUGAUAAUCUUCUUACAGGUCUCAAUGCCUCACAAAGAGCCGCAGUUUCAUCGCAAGCAGAUACUCUCGCUAUAUUGGCAGGACCAGGAAGCGGGAAAACACAUACUUUAACGUCGCGAACUGCUUGGCUAUUGCAACAAGGAUUGCAACCAUGGAAUAUAAUUGUGGCAACAUUUACGGUCAAGGCAGCUCGAGAGAUGAAGGAAAGAAUUGGAAAGCUGAUAGGAAAUGGAACGGAAUCUAAAUUGAUAUUGGGAACUUUUCACAGCAUUGCGCGACGUUACCUGGCACGAUACGGACAUUUGAUAGGAAUACGAAAAGACUUCGGAAUUGCAGACUCGUCCGAUUCUCUGGCGAUAAUUAAAAGGAUUGUGAAGCGGAAGAAUUUGAAUAUAGAUCCAAAAGUCGCGCGGUCUCGCAUAAGCUCCUUGAAAGCAAAGGGUCCAGCAUCCGCGAGUAAACCCUUCGAUGCCAAGGAGAAAACAGUAGAUGCACAAGAAUUCGAGAUUGUUCAUGCUGAGUAUCAAGAGACCCUAGAGCGUUCAAACUUGCUUGACUAUGACGACCUUCUUGUACGAUGCGUCGAGCUUUUACGACUUCACCCUUCCUGUGUAUCCAAUAUCGAAGCCGUUUUGAUUGACGAAUUUCAAGACACAAACCUUGUCCAAUUUGAUCUCAUGCGGUUACUUGCUGCAUAUCAGAAACGAAUCACCAUCGUUGGCGAUCCCGAUCAAAGCAUAUACAGCUUUCGAGCUGCCGAAAUUAAAAACUACAAACGGAUGCUUAGACAAUAUCCGGAUACGGUUACCAUCUCAUUGGAGGAAAAUUACCGUUCCUCGGGCGCCAUACUUCUCACAGCACUGAAUGUGAUUGAGCAAGACUCAUCCAGAAUUGCAAAGUCUCUUUUGCCCACUCACAUUGUUGGCACACGACCAGUGCUACGCAAGCUUGCAACAGCCCAAAAAGAAGCAGAAUGGAUUAUUCAAGAAAUACAACGGACGAUGGGUAUGACAGGUGACCUGCUGGACUUGAAUGAUUUCGCUAUUUUGCUACGAUCUUCAUCACUCUCACGAGUCAUCGAAAGCUCGCUAGGUAAAGCAGGUAUAGCCUACCGCAUGGUCGGUAAGCAUCAUCUCUUGUCUGCCAAAUUUGCAGCUUGCAACCAGCUCAAUGCUUCCUCAAGAAGUUAGCUGCGUUCUGCAUUUAGACUGACAUAUUGCAGGUGGUCUCCGAUUUUACGACCGUGUAGAGAUCAAAACUUUAUUAGAUUACUUGCGAGUUAUUAACCUACCAGACAACAACGAUGCUUUGGCAAGAAUUAUUAAUACUCCUUCACGGCGGAUCGGUGAGACGACGAUCAAAUCUUUGCUUGAGGAGGCAGAACAAUCAAAAUUGACACUUUGGGCACUAAUCCUUGAUUCCGUGCAGGGAAGGUGCAGGACGAAAACCAAGCUCACAACAUCAGUCGGAAAAGGCCUUUCUGUCUUUGUUGAUAUCAUAUUGACAGGUAUGAAGAAGAUUGCUGACUCCCUCAACCGUGAAAACUCAAUCGUAAAAAUUAUGGAGUUUAUCAUUGAAAAAAUAUCUUAUGAAAAGUGGCUCGAGUUACACCAUGAUGACAUUCACAAGGCGCGGUGGGACAACGUGAAGGAGCUUCUUGCCCAGGCUACGGAUUUUCAGGGAUUAAUAUCUAAUGGUUAUGAGGACGACUCCCUCCCUCAGAUUGAUGGUCUGGAGCAAGAGGGUGCUUCCGAUUCUCUCACUCGAUUUUUAGCGAAUGUAGCAUUGGCUUCGGAAGUCAAGAAAGAGGAUGACCAAGGAAGUAGCACACCCCAAAUUACGAUAUCUACCAUACAUGCUGCUAAAGGCCUUGAAUGGCCUAUAGUUUUCAUUCCUGGGGCAUAUCAAGGCUCUAUACCACACUCCAGGGCAGAGGAUACUGACGAAGAACGACGAUUGUUGUACGUAGCUAUGACUCGAGCAAAGGCUUUGCUCAACAUGAGUUGCCCUUUGAAAAAUUCACUAGAUGAGUUCACAGCAACCUGCCCAUUUCUUUCUGCCCGUGGCCUGAGAGCACACUUAGACAAGAAGGGUCCUCCUCUGCGUUCAAAUACUGUUCAAUGCCUAGCUCAAAUUCUACGACGAACAUUUCCUACCAAAGAGUCAAUUGCGGAGUCUUCCGCUUGCCUCGAACUCACUGAGGAUACAUACUACCCCUUGGAGCCUGAGGAUGACAAACAAGAUGAGUCCAAAUGGAAUCUCCGUAACGGAAAUCCCUAUUUUACCAAGGAUCAGCGACCACCUAAACGCCGACGACUUGAUACAAAGGAUCAAAUGGGAAACGUUUCCGGCGUAUUUUAUAAUAAUACCCCCAUGACAACGAUGGAAAGAGUAUCGAACUUUACUUUGGGUGGUGGCUUUGUUAGUGCUGGCUCUCAUCUUCAAGUCCUUGGCGAACAAUCAUCAAAUCAAACCAUUGGAGAAAUGAGAUCGACUUCAACAAAAGGAACAGUUCCAUGCUCUAAAAAUUCAUUUAAAGGUCCACCUAAUGGCCAAGGCACACUUUUGGGCUUCCUCGGGAAGCAGGAGCCAAAGAAGGAGAUUAAGCCAGCACCAAUAGUCGAUGAGUUCCGGGAAACAAACAUCAGGGCUAGUGCGCAACUACAUAGACAUCGAAACAACACUGCUGUAGGGAUGAUGCAAUCGCCAUCCCAAAAUGAAGACGAAACUCUUCCACCUCUUCUCACAGGGCACCGCCUAGGAACAGGUGCAGCACUGCCUCGACCGAGUAUUAAUCGAAUUCAAGGAGAGCAGAAUGAUAGCUAUAUCUUCCUGUCUAGCUCUCCACCGAGAGCGAAGCAACCUAGCAUUGAUACUGAACCAGCGCCGGAUGUUCCCGUCCCUGGUCUAACAGCGAAACCAGCAAUUAUGUCGUUAGUUCGUCCGGCGAGAACGUUACAUACCACGAGUAUGGCAAUAGCACAAGGGUCGGGUAGUGUAAAAAAGACUCUUGGCGUCAAAAGGAGCAUGAAUGGCUGGGGUAGUCGCACAACACAGCCUUUCGUUCCGCCAACCAGGAAAAGAGAAAACUAGCCAAAGGUUUAUUGGUAAUGAUGGUCCGGGUGGUUUCCGACAAGAGGUCGCUGUGCAUCGAUCCUGUCAUGAUAUAUGUUGUGCGCCGUGAAUUUGGCAAAGUAUCGUCUGCAUUGGUACGUGUUGAGGGAAUGUAGGCUUGCUCACGAGUCUACUGGAUAAUGCUUAAUGAAUGAUAUGAUCAAAAGAUGGCCUGAUUCUUUGUCGGCUGCGUUGGUCAUGAACACACAAUGGCUCUCU